AUGGCGGAGUCCUUUACCGCCAAGAGGAAGCGUGAGGAUGGUGGCGAGAACGGGGCAACCGCGACCCAAGAAGAAAAUGCCGCCGCCGCCGCCGCCGCCAGCUUCCCCUUGGCUGGCAUCACCAUUCGCAAAGUGCUUAGGGAGUCUGCGCGGGACAAGUCGAUCUUCCUCCACGGGCAGGUGAAUAGCACUUCCGGGGAUGGGAUGGAUGCUGUAGUGAUCCUGGAGAAGAUCCCUUUCCAGGAGGAGAACAUUGCCGAGCUGCUAAAGAGACACACAAAGCUCCAGCUCCUGAUGUCCAAUGAUAUCUACAGCACUUACCACCUUCAACUUCCUCCCGAACUGAAUGAGAUAAAAACAACCGUGGUGUACCCAGCAACAGAGAAACACCUUCAGAAAUAUUUGCGUCAGGAAGUGUAUCUCAUCCAGGAGACUGGAGAGGAUUACAAAAACAUUACCCUCCCAUUUAUCCAGUCUCAGAGUUUCAGCAUACAGUGGGUAUACAACAUCUUGGAGAAGAAGGCUGAGGCAGAUCGAAUAAUCUAUGAAAACAUGGAUCCUGUUAAUGGAUUUGUUCUCAUUCCAGAUUUUAAAUGGAAUCAAAAGCAGCUGGACGAUUUGUACCUGAUCGCCAUCUGCCACUGCCGGGGAAUCAAGUCACUGAGAGAUCUCACAGCUGCACACCUGCCUUUGCUUAGGAACAUCUCACAAGAAGGGAAGGAGGCCAUAGCCAAGCGUUUCGGCAUCGCUGGGUCCCAGCUACGGAUCUUCCUGCAUUACCAGCCGUCUUACUACCACCUCCACGUCCAUUUCACCGCCCUGAGCUAUGAGGCGCCAGGAUGCGCAGUGGAGCGAGCCCACCUCCUCUCAGACGUGAUCAGUAACUUGGAGCUUGACCCCCAGUACUAUGAGAAGUGCACUCUGACCUUCGCUCUCCGGGCGGAUGAAGCCCUGCUGAAGAAAUUCCAGGAAGCUGGUCGAGUCUGAGCCCUUGGGGAUUGCUGAGCAAAGAGUGUGUCUCUUUCAUGCAGACAGUUUUGUAUUGUGUUUAGAUGCUUGUCUACAGUUUGUAAGAUGAGUGUUAUAUUUCCAUUCCUAUUGCUGGCACAGCAUUUGUUUUUUAUCUAUCAAUAAAUGGCCAUAUACCAGA